AUGCAUAGUUCUAAGUUCAAAUCGGAUUGUUUUCAAACCUACCCAUUCCACCGAGCCGCGGCUAACGGAUGUUCCGAGGAAGUGCGGCAACAGUUGGCCACCGGUGCAAACCCAUAUCAACCAACACACCAGGGAUGGACGGCACUACAUGCGGCCAUUGCAAACAAUGCGGAAGAUAUCGUUCAUCUACUGCUCACUCGAUACGACGAGGAUUGGGCGGUUAUCCGUGAAACGAUCAGACAUCGAUUUCUGUGGAAGACAGAGCAAACCGGGUGGAUAAACCGACCGACACUGAUAGCCUGGACGGAAGAGGAAUGCCAGCGUGCUAUGGCUUUGUCCGCGAGCUGCCCGGCCGGGAUUCCACUUAAUUUGCAGGUGUUUGUAAUGCUGCAUCACCCUCAACAGGGCCAUCGGUUCGUUGCUCUGGACGUAUGCAACCGGAAUAAAUGGAUCGACAUCAUGCGAACUAUCCGGCGAUUGCUGCCAAAUGGAGUGCUCUCGUUAAACCGAAGCGAUAUGCGACAGGACGUAGCGAAUUACCUUCACCUGGCUUGCAGACUUUCAACGAAGGAAAUCAUAGUAAAACUGAUCAGCAAAGGUGCAGCGCUGAACGUGGCUUCUGGCGAACAUGGCAAGACGCCCUUUAUGGCUGCGGGAGAAACGAUGCGUAAGGACGUGAUCGAGCUGCUGUUCACGAAAUACCCCGAUCGGUUUGAUCCAUUUGCGUGCGAUUCGAAUGGGAACAACUUGCUGCAUGUGAUGUUGCAACGGCAGCAAACCCACAUGGUGGAUUACUUGCUCAAGCACUUGUUGAACUAUCGCACGAAAGCUCUCCGGGAAACGGAAAUGCAAGCAUUAACCCGCGCCCUGAGAUUUGUAUCCGAAGAGUACAAAUUCACGAACGUCUGGACGUUUAUAGGAUCGGUACCGAUGAAGAAGCUGCUCAGCAAGUACAUCAAACAGAGUGGGCUGGAUUUGUGUGCCCCUGCGGGCGAAACGACAAAUCUCGCAGCUAUGAUCAAUAAAGGCAUUGCGUUGGAUUACUGUUUCGCGCAAAUCGAACAACAUUUGGAGCUUUUGCAGCUGCGAGCUCACGAGGAGUUGAUCCUACACACGCUGAUAAGAUCCCGCCAGUUGACAUUCGUAAAGGCUCUCUACAAAAAGCAUGGGCCGCUCGUUAAGAAACUGUUCGAAGCUGAAAGUCCUGAACAUCGUCCUGCCUUUGAGCUGUUAAGACUGCUCGUUUACAAUACCGAUAUCGAUGGGUUAAGGUUCGUGCUGGAGCAUCAUCGUGAGUUUUACGCGAAAAACGUGGCAAAGGUGCGUAGCGUCAGCGUUAGACAGCACCAUCCAAAGAAGGCUGCAUACGAGAAGGUUUACGAUCUGCUCGUAGAAGCUUUUCCGGAACUGCACCCAUCUGCGGAUGAUGAGGUGAAACAGCUGCACGAUUCUCUGCAGCAUGAAGAAUUUUACAACGAGCUGCGAUCGCUGCGUGACAACUUCAAAAAGACGGUCACCCGGCUCGAACAGGGCGGCAAACGGCUCGAUGAGUAUCUGGACUGCGAUCACAGGACGUUUCUGCACGUGGCCGCGUCGUGGGGCGACAAAACGUUGGUCGAAAAGCUGCUCAACCACGGCAUGGACGUGAUGAAGCCCGAUAGCAACAAUGCUUUGCCGAUUCAUUUGGUUGCGCGAUGUGAGAGCAUUUUUUCGAUGCUGCUGGCCCAAAACGAGCAGGGACAGUUGUCCUGGGAGCUUGAGGAAGGAUACAAUCUGUUGCACCUGAGCUGCAAGAAAGGCAUUUACGGAGAUGGGUUGGAAAGACUGCUCGAGCUUGGUUUGGAUGUGAAUGCAGCGGCAGCGGACGGUCAGUUGCCAUUGUCGCUAGCUUCAUGCUGCGGGACGGUGACUUUUCUGCUAGAUCACGGUGCACGUGUGGAGCUGCUGAACGAAGACCUGCUGAGUAGCAGCCUGCAGCACAUGCAGUACUGUGCAGCUUCCGUGCUGCUUCCAAAAGUGUUCCAACUGGAAUGGUUCCGCAAAUGUGCCCACCAAUACCUGCCGUGGAUGGUGGGAAGCCAGAAUCGGGAUUUCUUCUCAUGCAGCAACCAGCGGUUUCUGGAAGAGCAUCCCGAUAUUCGUCGGCUGCUGUUUGAUAGUUUGUACGAGCACUCGAGGGAGAAGGCGUCCGAAUUGUUCAGCCGGGUUUGCCACAGAUCGAUCCUUAGUUGUGCGAAGUGGUUCAAGGAGUACAAUUACGCCAUCGAUUACGACCAUCGGGAUUGGGGCCAAUCGACGCCGCUCCUGGGUUUGGUCAGCUACUUCGAGUUCGAUGUAGAAGAUCAGCUGGAAAUCGCACGAUGGCUGCUGCAAAAACCGAUCGACGUUAACGCCGUCGAUGAUCGGGGAAAAAAUGCUCUCAUCGCACUGGCGUCUCGGUUUAGAUGGAUGAAAUCUUACGGUGCUUCUUUCAUGGCCACGGCAGAGUCGCUGUUGCAGUGUGGGGCGAAACUGGACGAACAAGACGAGUCCGGUAACACGGUUCUGCAUUACGCGUUCCAGGAUGAACAAUGGGAGUUGUUGGAGCUAUUGAUCGACAAAGGGGCGAAUGUGUCGGUGAAGAAUGCGUCCAAGAAGUUACCAUGUGAGAUGGGCUCCGUUUUCAGUCGAAGUUUGUUCGGCUUCAUGAGGCUAUGA